UUGGCUCCGGCGGGCCCAGCUGAGCUUCUUGAGAUCUGCAGCUUUAGUGUCCGAACCCUGCGGCUGCCCUGUCCGCAGACUCCCGCGUCUCCCCGCUGGCGCCGCGGCCAUGGGCAAGAGCAAGAACAAGCGCUUCAAACGGCCUCCGUUCUCUCCCACGGGUGAGUGUGAGGCAGCGGAGAACGACGAGGCCGGACUGGACGACUCGCCGGCGGUGGAGCUCCUCGAGAAGCUCCAGCAUCCGAGCGCCGAGGUCCGCGAGUGCGCCUGUGCGGGGUUGGCGCGGCUGGCGCAGCAGCAGCCCGCCAUCUCGGCCCUGACCCGCAGGGAUUCAGUCCGACAGCUUGGGCCGCUGCUGCUCGACCCCAGCCUGGCCGUGCGGGAGACGGCGGCCGGCGCGCUGCGAAAUCUCAGUGCUUGUGGAGGUUUUGAAGUUUGUGAUGACAUGGUUACUAAGGACAUCAUGACACCACUUGUUGCACUCUUAAAGGAGUGUAGCUUUGGAUUAGAUGCCAGUGAAGUCUCUUUGAAGAAAAACAAAGAGCUGAAUAAAAAUUACAUUGAAGACAUAGCUAAUGAGGCUGUGAACGUGCUAUGGAAUAUAUGUGAAUGCAGUAGUAGAGCAGUAUCUAUAUUCAACAAAGAAGGGUGCUUGGAGAUUGUAUUAAAGUAUUUAAGUAGGUUUUCCACCAAUGUUGACCUGGCUAUUUCAGUAGCAUUUUGUUUGCAAGCAGUGACAGAGGAUAACCCAGAGCUCUUAAAAUCUUUUAAUGCUCCGGCUCUACAGGUGCUAGAAUCGGCAAUGUUCUCACCUAUCUCUUCUAUGGAAUACACUCUUCUGAAAACAUUAGUGGCAGGGACUGUGUGGAAUCUAAAGGAUAUUCUUCCAUCCAAGAGUCAAGCAGAUACCAUAAAUGCACUCCUGAAGAUUUUCUCUGAUGUUUUAGAAAUGGAUGUUGGGGAGGUGGUUAUUCAGAUGAAGGAAGCUGAAACUCAAAGGUUAAAUGCCGCUCCGGAGACUGAGACUGAGGAGACAGAUGAAAUGAAUGGUGAUACUUUGAAUGAAGAUGAUGAAAUGGAAGAAAUUCCCCACAAAAGAAAAGUCAGAAGGAAAACUUUCAUUUCAGAUCUACUUCCACCAACUGAAAAGGAAUUGAAACAGACAGUAGCCUUACUCACAGCUCAGCAGAUUGCCCUAGAGAUUAUUGUCAACAUGUGCUGCAGCGAUGAUCCUUCUGAUGAUGAAUGGGAUGAAUAUUCUAGCAGUGAUGAAAGUGAUGCAUUUAUGGAUAAUUCCUUUAAUGAACUUAGUGGACAACUAAUGUCCCCACUCUGCCUUUCUGCUGAGGUUCAUACUGCUCUUACAAACUACCUCAUUCCCAAGAAGAUUUUUGAGAAAAUUACCUUUCCAAACAGUGUGGCAGUUGACAUCUGUUCCAGGAAUCCUACUUGGAAGCCAUUAAUUAGAAAGAUGAACACUAUCCAGUGUAGGGCGCUUGUGUGCCUCCACAGUAUCUUAUCUGUUUUAGACGUGGACUGUCUUGGAGGAGCCCCAGCACUUCAGACACUUGCACAGCACCUGUCACAGCUUGUUUUUUCUCAGCCAGAUUUUGUCAAACACACUGAAUUUCUAGAAGCCAUAAGUACCGCUUUAAGGACUCUGUUGCAGAUAAUGGCAUCCAAGAACAUUUCUCAGUGCAUGACUCCUGAGCAGCUGAUGUCAUUAUGUGAAGCUGGGAUUCAUAGCAGUAAUGUUGGUGUUAGAGUAAAUGUUGUUAGUAUUUUAGGAAUCACGGGCUGUGUCCUAGCCAAAGAAGAUGGUACACUUGAAACACUGAAGACUAUUGGAAAAUUUCUUCUUGAAGUGGCCACCAAAGAUUCUUCUCUUGUAGUAGCUGGAGAAACUCUAGAUGCCAUCUUUGAUGUUUUUGCAGAUGGUAAAGAGGCUGAAAAGGCAGCAGUUGAGAUCAAAUUAUUGUCUGCCCUAAAAGAAUUCCAGCCAGUUUUCAAAAUGAAGCUUCGAAAAGAAGGAAGAGGAAAAUGUAGUACAGAUCAACUCUGUGUUCUCGACAAUGUGAAAAUGAACUUGAGAAGAUUUAUUGCUUAUCAGGAGACUGUAGAGAAAAGACUAACUUCUUGAACUACCAGAGAACUGAUUCUUUUAAUUCAUUUUAAUUGCUGCAAAACGUUUCUUAUUGCACAACAGACUUUUACUUUAUCUCAAAUGUCACAUAUAUUUUAGAAUAUAUUCCGUUUUUAAAAAUUAACUUCAUAUUUGCAGUCCUUAAAUAUUUUAAGUGGCAGGAAUAUGUUUUUAAUGCAUUUGGUAAGUUCUACACAGUUUGAUACCGUGCUUUAAAAUAUUUUGUUGUGGAUAGUCAUUAUUUCACAGGGAAAGUGGUAUUUUAAAGGAAUUGGAUAGUUUUUAACUAAACUGUGAGAAUGAAGAAACCACUGAAUGAUCAUGUUUAAAUGAAUUUUGCAAAAUCGAUUCUAUCCCCUCAACAGCAGUAUUUAUGGUAGGAAGUUAAUAUCAUUUCCUAAAUCUUUGAAAUAGAAACCUGUAGAAGAGCAAAUUAUUGCCUGAGCCAUCUCAAUUAUGUUCACCUUUUCUGAAUUUGUGAUCUGAUUCACUUUGGGGUUUACAAUUAAAUAAGUUAAUAGUAGUGUAUGCAGUAAUUAUGAGAAUUUGAUAAAGCAUCUAAUUAAAAGUAUAUUAUUAACUUCACCCCUUCAAUUCACUGUCCUUAGGAAAUAGAGGAGGUGGGGGGGUGUAAUUUUUUGUUUUUGGAAAAACUUCAUAUUGAAACUAUACGGAGAUCUAAUAACGUGGAUGUUUCAGGCUUUCGAUAAUUUGAACUUUGAAUAUCUACUCAUUAAUGUAUAUAGCAUUUUUUUAAAGAUACAUAAGGUAUAUAGUAGAGCUUCUCAGCCUUUUUUUCUGAAGAGUACCAACUUUUUCUCAAGUCCUGUUUGAGACUAGAGAAUAGGAAGAUGAGGAUUUACAGUUGCUGGGUAGUGAGACGUGCAGAGAGAGGACUGGCUGCUAACAGAUAGCCGUUUUCCUCUGGUGGAGAAAGAAGGGCAUGGUAGCAACAUCUCUUUUGGAGAUAAAUGUCUAUAUCAAAUCUUAACUGUUCAAGCACAGUUACUCUAUUAGGAAGUGAUAAUGGACAGAAUAUUAAUUUUUAUUAGCUAGUUUUAUAGCUUUGUAAAAUUAGCUCCUGGUGAUUUCCACAUUUCAUUUAUACUAUGCCUUCUUUUACAGUAUUUACAUGCAUAAUUCAGAUUUCUUGUAGAUAAGGUGAAGAAAGUAGAUUUGGAUAUUGGAUGAUGAAGAUAGAGAAUAUUCAAUAAAUGAAUUGUAUGACAUAAGUAUGUUUCCAAAAAUACAUUUUUCUUUUGAUUUGCAUCAUUUUGUAGUGAUGUUAUAUUGUGGUCUUCAGUAUUUAUAUGUACUUGUUACCACUGAACCUGUAACCUGUGAACCUGUAAAUACAUUGCUGGACCCAGAAAUUGAUUUGCUAUAAAGGAGGAGGUUGAGUAAGUUAAAUUGAUUAAAUUUUUUUCAAGAGGGUGAAGGUAUUUGAACCCUGACCAAUGACUAUUUCAAUUUGUUUUGGUGCCUUUUAACUUAGAACAUCCCAACUGAAUUGAAAAGGAAGAUAUUUAAAUCUUUUAUAUCUGAAGCUGUUUAUGCAACAGAAUUUGCAGAACAGUAAAAUUUUAUUUUACUGGUAUAGUACUACGAGUAUAGGAGGGCAGUAUGACAAUGCAAAUGGACAUUGUUCAUUUGUAGAUCGUUUAGAGGAACCCACUGGCAUUUGUGAUGAGAUGAGAGAGAGCGUGAGUGAGUGUGUGUGUGUGUGUGUGUGUGUGUGUGUGUGUGUGUGUGUGUGUGAGACAUACAAACUAAAGAUCUCUCAAGGAAGUAUACUAAAGAGAUACAGAGAUAUAUAGAUGAAUAUUUUGGGUUUUAGAAGACUUUCUUUCAGGUAUAAUUUUAAGAAAAUAAGUUCCCCAUACUUGAAUUAUCUUAAAUGAUGUGAGUGUAUUUUAAAAAAUCAGAGUGUAAAACAAGGAAUAAGAAUCACUAUGCUGUGGCUUUUAACCUUGAGCUUUUUUGCUCAGUAAGAGGAAGGGGGGGAAUUUUUUAAUAGAAUUAGGUUUUGAAACUGUCGAUUUAAAUUUCCCCAUCUUUUCAAUUUUAUUAUUGUUUAAUAUUUCAUAGAUAUAUGUGUGAAUUGUGAAGACAGGUAAGGUUCAUUUCUGUACAAUAUUCCUGCUCAUUUCUGUUGUCAGAUAUAUUUUAUGCCCAUUUAAAAGUGCAUCAAUCCAAUACCUGACUAUAUUAAAUCUGAUUAUUGUUGUUCAGGUGUUUUAAUAAUGUCUGAUUCUUUGUGACCCCAUUUGAGGUUUUCUU